UAACCCAAUACGAAGCAGGAGUUGAAAUUGAGCUCAGUAUCUGUCACUGUGUGUCUGAAAUGGGGGUUUUGCAGAGGUUUUAGGGUUUGGAAACGAAAGACACAGACUGAGAGAAAAGAAAAUGUCAGCUUCGAUCGCUGGAAGAUCGACAAUACUGCGUGCGUUUUGCAGAGCGACGACAACAAGAAGAGCAAGAAUUUCAGCAACGCCAUGCCCUUCGAUUCAGUCCAAUUUCAUGCCUCGUCGCUCUCCUUCUUCAAGGCUGUUGCGACGAGAAUUGAGCUCUCUUCAACCCCUCCACAGCGCCAUUGCUUCUGCUUGCCUUAUCUCCAAGCUCCCCGCCCUAGCCACCUCCUCCGAAGGUAGAUUUGUGAAUUAUCUCAGUCCUAUCUAGGAGUGAAUACUAGCAGAGAUCCAGAGUUCGUCCUUUGCUCUUGAAUUUGCUGAUAAGUUUCUUUCGGAAGUCAGAAUGCUUGUCUUUAAAGUUAACUGCUUAAACAUGUUUGUUUUGAAUUAAAUAGCAAUCUUUGGCAUCUCAUGAAAAAUAUUUCUACGUUGUUACAUGAUUAGUUCAAUUUAACAGUCAUGAA